AGCUAGACACAGAGUGCCCACACAAAGGUACUCCAAGUCCCCACCAGAGUAGCUAGAUACAGAGUGUCGAUUGGUGCAUUCACAAACCCUGAGCUAGACACAGGGUGCUGAUUGGUAUGUUUACAAACCUUGAGCUAGAUACAGAGUGCCAAUUGGUGUAUUUACAAUCCCUUAGCUGGACAUAAAGGUUCUCCAAGUCCCCACCAGACUCAGCAGCCCGGCUGGCUUCACCCAGUGGAUCCCGCACAGGGGCCGCAGGUGGAGCUCGCUGCCAAUCCCAGGCCGUGCGCCCGCACUCCUCAGCCCUUGGGUGGUGGACGGGACUGGGCGCUGUGGAACAGGGGGCGGCGCUUGUCCCGGAGGCUGGGGCCGCGCAGGAGCCCAAGAAGUGCGGGGGAGGCUCAGGCAUGGCGGCGGGCUGCAGGUCCCGAGCGAGCCCUGGCCGGCGGGAAGGCAGCUAAGGCCCGGCGAAAAAUUCAGCACAGCAGCUACUGGCCCAGGUGCUAAGCCCCUCACUGCCCCGGCCCGCUGGCCGGCGGGCAGCUCCGAGUGCGGGGCCCGCCGAGCCCACGCCCACCCGGAACUCGCGGUGGCCCACAAGCACCGCGUGCAGCCCCGGUUCCCGCCCCCGCCUUUCCUUCCACACCUCCCGGCAAGCAGAGGGAGCCGCCUCUGGCCUUGGCCAGCCCAGAAAGUGGCUCCCACAGUGCAGCAGCGGGUUGAAGGGCUCCUUAAGCGCGGCCAGAGUGGGCGCCAAGGCUGAGGAGGCGCCAAGAGCGAGCGAAGGGCUGUGAGGGCUGCCAGCAUGCUGUUACCUCCCACUGGGUUUACAGGCAUGAGCCACCGCGCCCGGCCUGAGGUCCUUACUGGAAGGCAGCAUGUCCAAUGUUACCUUGAGAAAAAUGUCUCCCACAGGAAAUGAGAUGAAGAGCACCACUCAGGGAACCACACAGAAGCAGCAGGAUUUUCACGAGGUGAACAAAAGAAGAACUUUCUUACAGGAUAACAGUUGGAUAAAGAAACGCCCUGAAGAAGAAAAAGAUGAAAAUUACGGUAGGGUGGUGCUCAACCGACAUAAUUCCCAUGAUGCAUUGGACAGGAAAGUAAAUGAGAGAGAUGUGCCAAAAGCUACAAUUAGUCGGUACAGUUCUGAUGACACUUUGGACAGGAUCUCAGACAGAAAUGAUGCUGCUAAAACACAUAAGGCCAAUACCUUGGAUAACCAACUAACCAAUAGGAGCAUGUCCAUGUUUAGAUCACUGGAAGUAACAAAGUUGCAACCUGGCGGUUCAUUGAAUGCCAACACCUCCAACACCAUAGCAUCCACUUCUGCUACUACUCCUGUAAAGAAGAAGAGGCAGUCCUGGUUUCCACCACCCCCUCCAGGUUACAAUGCCUCUUCAAGCACAGGAACCAGGAGACGGGAACCAGGUGUUCACCCUCCAUUACCUCCAAAGCCCAGUUCUCCUGUUUCUUCUCCUAACCAGCUGAGACAGGAUAAUAGGCAGAUACAUCCACCUAAACCUGGUGUAUAUACAGAAACCAACAGAUCUGCUGAAAGAAAUAUAAGGAGUCAGGAUCUUGAUAACAUCGUCAAAGUGGCCACUUCACUUCAGAGAAGUGACAAAGGUGAAGAAUUGGAUAAUCUCAUCAAAAUGAACAAAAGCUUGAAUAGGAAUCAAGGUCUUGAUGGUCUCUUCAGAGCAAAUCCAAAGGUAGAAGAAAGAGAGAAAAGAGCCAAAAGCCUUGAAAGUCUCAUCUAUAUGAGUACCCGGACAGAUAAAGAUGGCAAAGGAACCCAAAGCCUUGGAAGUCCGAUUAAAGUUAAUCAAAGGACUGACAAAAAUGAGAAAGGAAGUGAAGACCUUGAUAAUGCUACCGAAGUAAAUCCCAAAGGACAUGAAAAUACCACCGGAAAACAAGACCUUGAUGGGCUUAUUAAAGUGGAUCCUGAAACAAAUAAUAAUAUUAGGAGGGGCCAGAGCCUUGAUAAUCUCAUCAAAGUGACCCCUGAAGUAAAGAGAAGUAACCAAGGUUCCAAAGACCUUAAUAACUUCAUCAAAGUGAAUCCAGGAACAGAAAAAAGUACUCAAGGGGGCCAAAGUCUCGACAGCCUCAUUAAAGUGACUCCUGAAAGAAACAGAACUAACCAAGGGAACCAAGACUUGGAAAAUCUUAUCAAAGUGAUCCCUUCAGCAAACAAAAGCAGUGAACAAGGUCUUGAUGAACAUAUUAAUGUCAGCCCCAAAGCUGUCAAAAACACUGAUGGAAAAGAAGAUCUUGAUAAACUCAUCAAAGUGAAUCCUGAAAUUUUCACAAACAACCAAAGAAACCAAGAUCUUGCUAACCUCAUCAAAGUAAAUCCUGCAGUAAUCAGAAACAAUCAGAGCCAAGACUUGGACAAUCUUAUUAAAGUGAAACCUUCAGCUCUUAGAAACACUAAUCGAGACCAGAACCUGGAAAAUUUAAUUGAAGUAAAUUCUCAUGUGUCUGAAAACAAGAAUGGAAGCUCUAACACUGGAGCCAAGCAGGCAGGACCACAGGAUACUGUUGUGUACACAAGGACAUAUGUGGAGAAUAGUAAAUCACCCAAGGAUGGAUAUCAGGAGAAUAUCUCUGGAAAAUACAUACAAACUGUUUAUUCAACUUCUGAUAGGUCUGUCAUUGAAAGAGAUAUGUGCACUUACUGCCGAAAACCCUUGGGUGUAGAAACUAAAAUGAUUUUAGAUGAAUUACAAAUUUGCUGCCAUUCUACUUGCUUUAAGUGUGAAAUAUGCAAGCGGCCUUUGGAAAAUCUACAAGCGGGUGAUAGUAUUUGGAUUUAUAGACAGACAAUACACUGUGAACCUUGCUACUCUAAAAUUAUGGCAAAGUGGAUUCCAUAAGUCUGGCCCAAGGAAAUCAAGAUGAAAAGCACUCAUUAAGGAAUUAAAAGUUACAAGUUUUAUCUUAAUAAUAUGUAAUCUAGAAAAGCUUUCACAUUGAAGAUCAACUCUUGUACAAAAUUAACAAUUCUGUUAUUGCAUAAGUAAUCUAAUUGUCUUCAAUAAGGUCACACACAUAAAAAGAGCCAUCUGGUCUCUGGCUAGAGUUAGCAAUAAAAAGUUCAAAUGGUUCCAGAUUCCAGUGUCAAAGGAGUGAUGCAUUACACUCCAGCCAGGUCCAUCCCUGCUCCGUAUGUUGGCUGUGAGUGGUGGUUUCCAUUUAAACCAAGUUUCUCAUUUCUUCACCUUUUUUUCUCUAAGAAUUUGGAUUCGUAGACAUUGACAUCCCAAAGAACUGUCAAGGAAGCAAGAUAUGCUUUCUUCAUCUGCAAAAGAAAUACUAACAACAAUUUUCUUAUACAGUUUGGCAGAAAGAUGUUAACAUAAAAAGUUUAUAGACCUCAAAAAUCACUAAACUUUCCAGAUCUCUGUGCUAUUAUUUGUAACACAAGGGGCAUUGGAUAAAAUGGUUUCUAGGGUUCCUUUUGCUUCCCAAAUUCUUUGAUUCUAAAGCAGUUUUUAGUUUGCUCUUUGGAAACAUAUAUGCAUACAUGUUUGUUAAGCCUAUUGAACUAGGCAGGACAUAUAAACAAUUUAAUUUUAGUGUCAUUGUUUAAUUACAGACUUAGUGUUUGAAAACUGUGUUUUAAAAACAGAAACAGAUUGAUGGGUAACAGGUAAAAUAUGACAUGUAUAGCUUACAUGUUAUUAUUUGUUAAAUUUUCUUUGUGUGCAUUUCAAAAUCUGGGUAUACUUAUAAUCCAUUAGAAGUAAUGGUUAUGGACUAAAAAGAUAUGUUCUUUAGUAUGUUAUAUAUACUCAUAUUACAUAGCACUAUAUUUACAAAAGGCUUAUAAAAAUAAAAUGAACUAUCAGUUACAUGGAAUCUUUAUGUGAAGUGUUUGUAAAUAUAAUUCACUAACAUGAAUUUUGUCAAUUAUAGUGAUCACAAUCUAUUAUAUUCUCUGUUGCACUAAUUUAUUUUUAACCACUCAAGCUAUAGAUUUUAUUUUUAAGAAACUUUUCUGAAGAAAUUGAGCAUGUAAUAAUCAUGUGAGGAACUAGUAUAAUUAACAUUGGGAAAUUGAACUUCUAAACCAUUUAAUUGCAUAUAGCAACUGUUUCUAGAAAAAAGAUGUAUGGAACAUGGAAGUGGGGGCAGAAUUCUAGAGAAGUUUUAAGGCAGUUGUGGAAAACUGCUAUAAACUAGGGAGAUUAAAAGAUUAUCAUGUAUUUUCCAAAUGUUAAUACAUUCAAAGAAUUAUUCUUCUGUGUAA